AUGUCUCCGUUGCAACGCGCCAGGCAGGGCAGGGCACCAUCAGUCCCUAUUUCCGCCCCUGGAAGCGCGCUCGAGAAAGCGAACUCCGGGCUUACCGAUGGGGUGUCUGUUUAGCUUAAAGUUAUCAGGACAGAAUUAUGAGUCGCCUCACAAUAACCAGGCAGCCUAAGGCGUCCGCUCUUCAGAACUCCAAUCCUCCUUUAAAAGGCGCAGAGGUCAGAUAUGUGAGGAGGCAGUUUGAAGCAACUCAUUGGGGUCCCAGCAAACAAAUUCAAAGCAUACCAGUGUGAAGAGAAUGCACUCUUUUGGUUAGGAUACAGAGAGAUCUUCUCUGCUUUAUUGGGGAAAUUUUCAAAAGAUGAUAGACUGGGGUAGGCAUCUUCAGGGAGUUUUUUCUCACUCUGAAUGUUCUUUUGUGCCCCAAAUUCCACAUAAAUGGAGAACUAGCUUGUUUCUCUGCCUUUUCUACUUGAAAGAAGCUUUUAACAUAGGGGAGCAUACCAAAAUGUUACUACGUUGCUGCAAUUUGAAGUGGAUUAGUUCAUUCUACAAUCUCAGGAUUCAAACUGGAAAAUAGCUUAAAAGCAGUCUCUAGCCAACUGUGAAAAAUGAAGCGUGAUUUUAAUUGUAACAAUGUUCAUUGUGGACUCCCAUCAUUAAAACCGCAUGAAAUAGAUACAAGAACAGAAGAAUCUACCAUUUCUGAUUAUGAUGAGGAAUUUUGCAAAGACUGUGCCAAAGAGUAUCAGAGGCUUUUGCUCAGUGACCUGUGCCAUGGGACCAUUAGAAAUACCAGCGUCAAAAGUGAAGGGAAACUCAUACAUAACAAAGAAAACCAACAAAUAUCGUGGGGGCCUGCUAGGAGGACAAAUGCGCUGGAAAGCGGCAAAUUUCAUGAGGAUAGCGGAUAUUCCUCUCUGUUGAGUAGUCCACAUGAACCCACUGAACACGAUGAUGAUAUACCAUUGGCAGGAAAUCUCAAGACACCAGAUCACAGUCUCAUUCAAAAUAAAAGUCAGCUGCUCUGUUCAAAAAGGAAUUUGCUUCCAGUUCUCCAUUUUGAAGAACUUGUUUGCUCAACCCUGAAAAGAGCAAAUAAAAGAAAUCCAAAGUCAUGGGGUGUUUUGUUGGACAAAAUGGUUUCCAGGGGAAGUGUGGGUUUUAUGAAUCUAAUUGGCAGAAAAAUGGGAGUGGACCGGUUGGACAUCCUUAGUGAACUGUUCCAUAGAGAAUUCAGACACAUAUUAGCAGACAUCCUAAGACACCUCAAUGAUAUAGACUUGAUAAAUGUGGCUAAAGUGAGCACAACAUGGAAGAAAAUUCUACAUGAUGACAAGCGGGCUUUUCAGACAUAUAACAAAGCAUUAAAAUUAAUAUCUAAUAACAGUACAAAAUCCUCAAAAACAGCUGACACAAGGAAAUAUGUUCCUCACCGAGAAGUGUUAGCCCUUGUUCAGAAAGCAUCAAUCGUGCAAAACACCUCUUCAAAAAAAGCAUCCAGACUCACAGCUGUCCAUGGUAGUUGUUACAGCCGGCACACGCUGUUUUCUGAGAUUGCCAAGACUCUGAAAAAUACUGAAAGUCUGAAAAUUUGCCACCGUUGUAACUCUCCUGCAAAAUAUGACUCUCACCUUCAAAGGGCAGUGUGUAUCCGUGAAAACUGUGGUUUUGACUUUUGCACCAAGUGCUUAUGCAACUACCACAAUGCCCAGGACUGCACAAGUGAAAAACCUGUGAAACCAACCUCCAAACUAGGACCCCUUCCUGGUACCAAAAAAAGCAAGCAGAACUUAAGAAGAUUAUGAUUUAUGUAGGAUAGACUGUGGCUAGUGCACCCUAUAGAUAAUCUGGCGAACCUUUUAAAAGUGAGCAUAAAAUACUACUUCUUUAUAAUAUGUUUUAAAGAAAAUAUAAAUAUGAGUUCUUUCCAGUAGUUGCUUAAAAAAUUGUUUUUAAGGAAAUUCCUUUAAUUCUUUCCUAUGACCCCUGCUUUUAAAAAAACAAAGGAUAUUCAGAUGAAAUUUUAAAUGGGAUCCACCAUAUGCUUAAAAAUUAACAGGCUAAUAAGACAUUUUGGCAAAUACCACUGCCAUAGAAUUUUAUUAUUGUGUGAAGGAAGAAUAAAAUUGUUUUAAAGAAUGAGCAUUUUAAUUAUGUACUCUUUGACUUUAUGCUUCCUGAAAAAAACUUAAAGCUACAAGGAAAAAGUAUGAAAGGCAUUUUUUCAUUUACUAGUUACACAUUUAUAUUUGCAGUCUAAAAUACUUACUAAGAGUUUGAUCUGAUCACUUUCUAAAUAUUAGAUUAGGCUUUUUUUCUUGACUGCUGGCUACAGAAUCUAUAAAAUUUAAAUUUGUGCUUAAACUAGGUCCCCGCUCAUGUAUGUAUAUCCAGGCUACAGUACGUGUGUGUGUGUGUGCACACACACAUAUAUUUAGCCUGGACAUUUGUCUCCCUUUUUUGGACAAAUAUCCUGGUUACCGCUCUUUCAUUACUUCAAGUCCUUUGUUGGAGUAUAUUCUGUAUAUAUUUGUAAAUACGUAAAUAUUUGUCUGUUUGCUGAAAAAUAAAUUUAACUUUAUAAACCUA